AUGUCAUCGAUGAAAGACAAUGAUGUUCUCAUUAUGGCAGGGGACUUCAGUGGUCUUGGGGAGUACGUGAAUGGAUUUCAUGGCAUGCUGGAGUUUUGUGAUAUAAAUGACUUAUUGAUUUGCAAUACCAACUGCAGGAAACCUGCCAUCUAUUUGAUCACUUAUCAAUCUGGUGGGCUCACUUGCCAGAUUGACUUCAUUUCCACCAUAAACAAGGACAGGUGGAUGCUCAUGAAUGCAAAGUCCUCUCCAGGUGAAAAAUGUACAAUUCAACAUAGGUUAGUGGUUAGAAGGAUCCAGAAACACAAACCGAUAUGGAAAAGGAGGUUAUGGAAGUUCAAAGAUUCUUCAAAUGGGCAGAAAGUUAAAGAUGUUCUUAACUAA